CUCCAUUUAUGUGUUCGUUACAAUUCUUUUCAAGCCACAAUUGUGGCUGUGCUAUAUUGUCAUCGAAAUUCGUUAUCACGGCCGCUCACUGUGUUUGGGGAAGAUUUCCCAAACAGCUCCGAAUAUUAGUUGGAACGAAUAAUUUGAAGGGGAAUGGAGACUAUUACAGCGUCACACGAAUAAUUGAACAUGAAAAAUUCAUUAUGUUCGCACAUGCUUAUGACAUUGCCGUGGUGGAAGUUGAUGGCCCAAUAUCAUUUAAUGAUAAAGUUCAACCGAUCAAGUAUUCGACUAGGGAACCUACACAUGGUUCUUUAGCACAACUGACUGGAUGGGGUCGAAUUCGUAUUGGUGGUCCAUUACCAGAUCAAUUGCAAGUGAUUAAUAUGCCAGUUGUUUCCACAGUUGCCUGUAGAGAAAUCCUUGGGUCAGACGUUCAUGACAGCCACAUCUGCGCAUUUGCAGAAGACGGUCGAGGGGCCUGUUACGCUGAUUCUGGUUCACCACUGGUUUUCGACAAUGAAAUCAUCGGGAUAGUCAGUUUUGGCAGACCAUGUGCUCGAGGAUAUCCUGAUGCAUUUGCAAAAAUAUCUUACUUGGCUGGUUGGAUCAAGAGUACAACUGGCCUACAAGCAUAGACAUGGUCUUGGAUGACACAUUGCAACAAUAUAUGAUUUACCAGAAUUGCGAUGACGACUUCCUAGUUGAAAAUUACAAUUAUUGAGAAUAAACA